AUGAUAGACUUGUACUGCCACAAUACAGAAUCCUCAACUAUCUUAGAUUGUCUUAAGGUUCAUCAGCAAAAACCAGACUUUGAUGAAAAUUGUAAGAUUGUUAUUGUUAAUAGAUUGAUUGAACAAAACCUGGAUUACCGUUUCAAUAAUAAUUUGCAAAAUGCCUGCAAACCUGAUAUAAAAAAAUUCUGUUCAAGAGUUAUUGCAAUUGAACCACAAGAUGUUGAACUGCAAGGAAAAGUAUUAUAUUGUCUAAAAGAAAAGUUUAGAGAAUUUAAAUUGACUUCUUCAUGUGAAAAUGAACUGGCAAAUAUAUUGAAGGAACAAGCUUUAAAUUAUCGCCUUGAUCCAUUGCUUGGAAAAUUAUGUAAAGCUGAAAUACAAACAAUUUGUACUGCACCUAAAGACUCCAUUACAAAUUCUGAUGGACAGGUGGAGGAGUGUCUCAAAAAUGCAUUAUUAAAUCAUAAAAUAGUCUCAGCUGAAUGUGCACAGGAAGUAGCCCAGAUAAUAGAGGAGACUGAAGUUGAUAUUGAGGCAGAUCCAUUAUUAGAACGUGCUUGUGCAUUGGACCUAUUAAAAUAUUGUAAAGAACUGGAACAUGGAGCAGGAAGACGUCUUAAAUGUCUCAAGAUAAUUUUAAAUGAUAGUAAUAGGAAACUAGAUACAGAAUGUGAAAAACAAUUAUCCAGUCGUUUGGAAAUGUAUAAAUAUGUUGCUGCACAUCAUGCAGAAAAUUUGGUGAUAUUUUAUUUUUGGGUCGUUGUAUAUGGUUUUGAAGAAAACUUUGAGGCUGGUUUUGUAACUGUGGCUGUAGUAGCAGUAAUACAAAUUCUUAUUUGUCUAUGCUGUUAUUGGAGUGUUCAUAUACAAUGUUUUCUCUCCUGUUCAGCUGUUAAAGACCCAAUACAAGCAGAAAUUGUAAAAGUCGUCCCUACUUCUAAUAAUGGGUCUUCUGAAAUAGUAAGACUUCAUCACACAAAGUCUACAAAGAAGGGUAAUCUAAAUCCUGAUGUUUGGUUUAUAUUUCAAAAAAGUAAAUACAUUUAUGACUGGGAUAAAAAAAAGUUUCACCCAAUAGAAUUUCCUAUUAAUAAAACAUAUGAGGAGUAUGCAGAUUCUAAAGGUUAUUCAGAUGAUGAAUCUAUUGAGGUUGCAGAGAAAGAGUACGGCAAAAAUGAAAUGAUAAUGGCAGUCCCGGAAUUCAUGGAACUCUUUAAGGAAAGGGCAACAGCACCAUUCUUUGUUUUUCAAAAGGAAUUUGUUAUUAUUACAUUAAAGUCACUGGGCUAUGUCACCCUAAUGUGUGGAGAUGGUACUAAUGAUGUUGGAGCUCUAAAACAUGCUGAUGUGGGAGUGGCGAUAUUGGCGAACGCACCGGAGCGGCCGCGCGAACGGCAGCGGGAGGAACGGGUCGUCGAGCCGGAACCGCCGCGAAGAGUGGGCGGCCCGCGGCCGGACGCCCGCGCGGAGGCGCGCGCCGAGGCGGCCGCACGGCUGCGGAGGGCCAUGAAGAAGAUAGAAGAGGAAGACCAGCCGCAGCUGGUGCGCCUGGGCGACGCCAGCGUCGCCGCGCCCUUCACCAGCCGCCUGUCCAGCAUACUGUGCAUUUGUCACAUUAUCAAGCAAGGUCGUUGUACUCUGGUGACAACUCUACAGAUGUUCAAGAUCCUGGCAUUGAACGCACUCAUUUUGGCAUACAGCCAGUCAGUGCUGUAUUUGGACGGCAUCAAGUUCAGCGACACCCAGGCCACCCUGCAGAGCCUAUUGCUUGCAUCGUGUUUCCUCUUCAUUUCAAGAUCUAAGCCAUUAAAGCAGCUGUCGAAGGAGCGACCGCUGCCGAACAUUUUCAACAUGUACACUAUAAUGACUGUGCUGACGCAGUUCGCGGUGCAUUUCCUCUGUCUCGUGUAUUUAGUACGCGAGGCGACACUCCGUUCGCCAGACAGAGACAUGAAGCCGAAACUAGACAUGGAUCUGGCGGAGGACGAGGAACGCGAGUUUGCCCCAGACCUACUCAACAGCACAGUCUAUAUAAUUUCAAUGGCACUUCAAAUAUCGACGUUCGCAAUUAACUACAGGGGCGAGCCGUUCAUGGAAGGUUUGCGAGAGAACAAGCCGCUCCUAUACAGCAUCGUGGUGUCCGGCGGUGCCGUGCUGGCGCUGGCCGCCGGCAUCUUUCCAGAACUGUCCAACAUGUUCGAGAUCGUUUAUUUCCCGCCGGAUUACCGGCUGAUUGUUGUGCAAGUGCUCGUGGCGGACAUGGUGUUCGCGUACUUCGCGGACCGCGUCUGCCUGCUGCUGUUCGGAGAGGGCGGCGCGAGGGCGACG